GAGAGGCAUAUUUUAGACGGGGUGGGUCGAAGCGUGACUGUCAAAUCUACAUAUUCUCUCUCUAGAAUUCAUUCAUUCAUAAUUCAGGGGGUCUCAAAUCUGGAGAUUCGAUUCAAUCGCCGUUCUUUUCUACGGUUCCUCGGGAAUCCCUCGUCUUCUUCCUUCAAUCUCUGUCUUCUCUCUCAGUAAUGUUCCCAGAUUUUCAAGGGGUGUGAAUAUUUUGAUCUGAUCAUCAGUUGUGGAUAAAUUAUGGAUGGUGACCUCUUUUCAGCAGUUGUUGGUGGUACCCAAUUGGAUGGUAAAGUGUUGCAGACAUUUCAGAAGAGUUUUGGUCAAGUCCAGAACAUUCUAGAGCAGAACAGACUGUUGAUAAAUGAGAUAAACCAGAACCAUGAUUCAAAGAUCCCAGAUAAGCUUAGUAGAAAUGUUGGACUAAUCAGAGAGUUGAACAACAACAUUAAGAGGGUCGUUGACCUCUAUGGUGAUCUCUCUACUUCUUUCUCUAAAUCCAUGGAAGCUUCUUCCGAAGGAGAUUCAAGUGGUGCUGUUCUUCUCAAGUCUUCUAAUAAUAAUAAUAAUAAUAAUCAUGGGAAAGCCGGUGGGAUCAAAAGGAAUAGGCCUUCUUAAUUUAUUUAUUUUUGUAUUUAUCAUCACUCAUCAUCAGUAUUCAGUAGUAGGGUAGCUAACUCUCUGCUGUGUUUUUAUUAAGUGGUUCAUGCUCUCACUCCAUUAAUGCCCUUCAACUGGAGCAUCAUCAUCAUCAUCAUCAAACUGUAAGUCUUUGUGGAUCUAUUGAAAAUGUUUUAUGUCAUUUUAAGUAGUA